CUCCUCCACUCUCUGUCCAUUUUGCCUGUCCUUCCAAAUCGCGUCCCGUUGGCAGCAAGGAGGUGCAGAUCUCACGGCCUCGCGCCACGCCGCAGCUUCUAGAAGCUCCGUCGCCCGCCGCUGCACGCUUGUAGAACCUUCAGGUCGAUUUGAUUCGAUUCGCGAGGGAAUCCCAUCGGAUCGAGCGGGGCGGGGGGGGGGGGGGGGGUGCAAGCUUUGGUUGGAAGGAGAAGAGGGGAGGAGGAAGAUGAUAUUGCUCCAGUCUCCGUCGAGGUUCUUGCUCCAGAUCCUGCAGGACCGCGUCCUCAGCGGCGAAAAGGGCAUGGACAUCGACUGCCACACGGUGGAGUUCGACGACGUGCGGUAUCACAUCCAGUUUUCUAUGAGGAAUCCAAAGGUAAUGGUGUUAUCAGUUGCUUUGCCACUCCCAUCUCCUGAAGCGAUUCUGUGCGAUGGGCUUCCACUUGGUGCCAUUGAAGCUAUAAAGGCAGCAUAUGGGCUGGUUGUGCAAAUUCUUGAUCCUCCAAAGGAUGGAUUUGAUCUCACGAUGAAGAUAAACUUGACAAAGCUUCCGCCAGAUGAAGAACAAAGAAAUUCUAUCUUGACACAAAUUGCAUCUGUUAGAGAGGUUGUGCUGGGUGCACCACUGAAGGUUCUGCUGAAACAUUUAGCCUCGAAGACAGUAGCUCCUAAUGUUGAAAAGCUUGUUGCUCUUGUUCACCGUCCUAAUGAAUCCUUUUUCCUCGCUCCCCAGGCAGAUAAAGUUACUAUUGUGUACCCAAUGAGAUUUCAGGAUUCCAUUGAUAUUGUUCUAGCAACAUCAUUCCUGCAGGAAUUUGUGGAGGCAAGACGAACUGCUGCACUUAAUAAUGUUCCUUCUUGUAUGUGGUCUCCGGUACCUCCUCUUGAGUUAAAAGGCGUACCUGCUGAGGCACUGAAUGCAAAUGCUGGCUUUGUUACUUUUGUUGUUUACCCUCGGCAUGUUGAGGGUAAAAAGCUAGACAGAACAGUUUGGAAUUUGCUAACAUUUCAUGCUUAUGUAAGCUAUCAUGUUAAGUGUUCCGAAGGAUUCAUGCAUACCAGGAUGAGGCGCAGGGUUGAGUCGCUGAUCCAGGCUUUGGACCGAGCGAAGUCUGACGCGGAGAAGCUGAAGAAGUUGGUCAAUGGCGGAUCUUUCAAAAGACUGAGCCUGAAGAAUGAAGGGAAUUGAAGCCUGUGCUUUGAAAUGUUUGACAAAUGAGGUUGGACUUUCCUUGAUGCUACUUGGUGCAUUGAGCACAAGAUCAAAAGGGGUGGAACCGUGGUUCUUCUCUUAUAUGGUUCUUCUCUUAUAUUUUGACGAAUAUUUGUAUUCAGUGCUACUUGGUUGGUGAUGUCCGUUCAAUUCUAUGCAGCACAAGAUUGAAGGGGUGGAACAAAACCGGCAUCAUACUGUUCUUCUCUUAUAUUUGGGUGAAUAUUUGUAUUCAGUUCUCACAACAGAAUAUUGAUGAGAAAUACUAGGUGCAACAUGCCUCUGUAAAUCAUGGAGCAGAUGCUUUAAUAACUUAUGAAAAUUUUUCUCUGUACGCACUGUA